AUGAUGAAGUGGGAUAGUGGAAGUAACGUUCUCCAAUGUUAUCAGACAAAGGAAAGUACUAUCACGAACACCCGGUCCUAUUUGGAAGACGGAAAGAGGGCGGAGCAGUCGAACGGACCAACGCAUCUCAGCGUUGUAGAAUCUAAGUUCGUGACACCGUUUUGCUAUCAUAACUGGUCUGCCAUCCAAGAAACCCUAAUUCCAAAAAUGAAAGUGGUGACGAGUGACGGGGAUGAAAAGGAUGUGAGUUCUUUUGGGAUUCUUCUCCGGCUGCAAAAACUAAACAAAGGCCUUAAAUGUGAUUUGAAUCUUAUCUGCGAUAAAGUACUCUAUGGUGUCUACGGGGUUGUCCCUAUUAGUCAACUUGAUGGACUUAUUGGGGAAACAGUCGCUGCCAUGAAUGUUAUCCAUCCAGACUAUGCUAUCCUGGCUACACGGUUCGAGGUUUCGAUUCUCCACAACAAGACCAAGAAGUCGUUUUCUGAAAAAAUCAAAUAUAUGUACUCUUAUAGCAGUGAGAUAUCUGGGCAGAAGGCUUCUCUUAUUGCAGAUGAUGUUUAUGAAACCAUUAUAAAGUAUGCUACAAAGCUGGACAAUGAGAUUAAGUAUGAGCGGGAUAAUGAGUAUGAUUAUAUCAGUUUUAAAACUCUUGAGAGAUUUUAUCUCUUGAAGAUAAAUGGGAAGGUUGUUGAAAGUCCUCAAGACAUGCUGAUGAGAGUUUCAGUUGGAAUUCAUAUGGAUGACAUUGAUUCUGUAAUCAAGUCCUAUCACUUGAUGUCAGAAGGGUGGUUCACUCAUGCUUCUCCCACCCUCUUCAAGGCUGGAACACCCAAUCCCCAAUUGAGUAGCUAUUAUCAAUUAUGCAUAAAAGAAGAUAGCAUUGAAGGCCAUUAUGAUACUUUAAAAAAAUGUGCUGUUAUCAGCAAAUCAGCAGGGGGUAUUGGUGUUUCUGUAAACAAAAUCGGAUCAACUGGAACUUUCAAUGACACCAUUCCAAUGCUGCAUGUCAUCAAUGAUACCGCCUGUUAUAUUGACCAAGGAGGUGGCAGGAGAAACGGUGUGUAUGCUGUCUAUUUGGAGCCAUGGCAUGAUGACAUCUUUGAAUUUCUUGAUUUGAUGAAAAACCAUAGAAAGACGGAACAUGCUCGGGAUUUGUCUUACGCUCUGUGGGUACCUGAUCUCUUUAUGAAAAGGGUUAAGAGUGCUGGCAAUUGGACUUUAUUUUGUCCAAACGAGGCUCCCGAGUUGGCUGAUUGUUGGGGACAAAAAUUUGAAGAACUCUAUACCCAAUAUGAAAGGGAGGGUAAAAGUAAGAAAGUUGUCGACGCAGAGAAACUUUGGUCUGAAGUUUUGAAAUCCCAGAUUGAAACCGGGGCUCCUUACAUACUCUUCAAAGAUUCUUGUAAUAGUAAAAGCAACCAGCAGAAUCUUGGUACCAUCAAAUCUUCAAAUCUGUAUGCCGACAUUAUCGAGUAUGCAAGUCCAACAGAAACUGCUGUGUGUAAUAUGGCAUCAAUUGCAUUACCUCGAUUUGUUCGCGAGAAGGGAGUUUCAGAAGAAUCUCAACCAUCAAAGCUUGUUGGUAGCAUUGGUUCUGGCAACCGAUACUUUGAUUUUGACAAACUAGCUGAGAUCACAUCAGUUGUUACAACCAAUCUCAACAAAACCAUAGAUGUAAACCAUUACCCUAUUGAAACGGCAAAAAUGUCGAAUUUAAGAAAUAGGCCCAUUGGAAUUGGGGUACAAGGUCUUGCAGAUACUUUCAUUCUGCUUGGCAUGCCAUUUGAUUCACCGCAGGCUCAUGAUUUAAAUAAAGACAUAUUUGAGACCAUCUACUACCACGCAAUGGAAACUUCAUCUAAGUUAUCUGAAAAGGAAGGCACAUAUGCAACGUAUGACGAAAGUCCUGUUAGUAAGGGGACUUUGCAACCAGAUAUGUGGAAAGUAACGCCUUCAGAAAGGUGGAACUGGGAAUCUCUUCGCACAGUGUCACGUGCUACAUUUUUUGUGGUGAACAAGCAUUUGUUGAAUGAUUUAACUCAAAUGGGCAUUUGGUCUCCCGAUCUGAUGAAUCAAAUUAUCUGUGAGGAUGGUUCUGUCCAGAAAAUUUCUGUUAUCAGUGAAGAGUUGAGAGAUAUUUACAAAACUGUUUGGGAGAUCGAGCAAAAGACUUUGGUUGACAUGGCUGCUGACCGUGGAUGCUACAUUGACCAAAGUCAAAGUCUCAACAUUUUUAUAGAUCAGCCUGACUUUCAGAAGCUCGAAGAUCUGCACUUUCAUGCUUGGGAUAAGGGGCUUAAAACAGGGAUGUAUUGUCUGCGGUCGCGGGAUGCGGUGGGUGCGAUCAAUUUCACUCUCGAUACUUCUUUUUUUAGGCCACCUAAUGACGUGGAGUACCAAAGUGGAAAGAUGCUUGAUGUGACAGACAUGAAACAUGACAUUCCACGUCAACAUCUUAAGUUGAAAAUAAAAUGA